UCAACAAAUAUAUAUGCCUACUAGUCUUUCUCUCCAAUAGAUAUCCUUUAUACAUACGUAUAUUCACAAAAUAUAUCUCCAUAUAUCCCUUCUCAGCCUUCUUUCUUUAUUUUUCUCUGUUUCUAAAGCUCCGCAUUCAUCCAAAAUAUUUUCUUGACUGUGAAUUUUCGCCAUGCUGCAUUCUCUAUAUGUUUGUGUGUAUAUACUGAGAGAUAUAGAGAAAAAGAAUUCGCGAGAAAAAAAGUGUCGACCAGCCACCGCCGAAAUAUUAGAUAGAUAGAAAAAUAUGUACACCCAACAUCAUACCACAUUGCUUAGUUUUCCUCUCUCCAAAUAUUUUUGCUUUUAAAUUUACUUGAUAUACUGCUAAAAUCCUCUGCCCAAUUUUCAUUAUUAUGUCAACAACAACACGUGAGGAAUGGGAAGAAAAUAGUCUCUUUGUUAGGGAAACCCUCUCUCCCCUUUCUCAACAUUUUCUUUCAUUUUGGCCACGUUGCUUUUUUAAAAAUUCUGACCAUUCAGCAAAAAUUUUUUUUCAUUUAUUUGAAAUGAUAAAAUAUAUUUUUCUAUUAUUUUUGCUUUUUCUCAUAACUAUUUUUGAUAAUAAUUUAACAUUUAUGUAA